AGUUACCUUGUCCUGUCUGUCUCCUUGCCAAUCGUCUCACUUUCACUUUCACUUCUUCCUGCUUUCGUUGCAUUCUUUUUCCCGUUCACUGUCUAGUCGCUCAUUCUGCGCCAUACCCUGAUUCCUCACGAUGUCCUGGUUCUCCGGCUCCCCCAAAACCGAAAGCGCUUCCGCAGCACCUCCCACUGAGUCCGCAGCGCCCGCAGAGAAGCCUAAGCCCUGCUGCGUCUGCAAGACCGAAAAGACCGCGCGCGACGACUGCAUGCUCUUCUCCAAGACCGACGAUCCGACUCAGGAAUGCAAGUCGAUGAUCGAUCAGUAUAAGGCUUGCAUGGCCGGGUAUGGAUUCAAGGUCUAGGUCUAGGCCUAGACCUAUCGGAAUUUGGUCCUUCGGAAAAACUAUUUCCUCGCCUUUGGUGUUACCGAUGGCGGUGGUUGUAUAACAUUCGGGGGUUUUUUUUAUGUUUUGGCUGCUACAUAGAAUAUGAAGCGCUUGCGAAUGUCUUGGAGUUUUCGGUUGGGGGAUAUCUUUUAUUUGUCUCCCUUCAAGGGGGGUGCUAUCUUAUGAUUGUGUAUACUAUGUACCAUAUUCCUGCUCGAUGGUGUCAUGAUCAUCUCCACUUGUGCAAUACAUGUCUCCUAGAAUUGGAUCCACUUGUGCAAUACAUGUCUCCUAGAAUUGGAUAGCGUGAAUAUCGUGAAGACUGUAUUUAUCGGUGGGCUUGAGUCAAUGAGAUAAAAUUUUUUGAU